AUGGCAGGAGUACAGGCUUUAAAAGACAAUUUGCAACAGCAAAGAGAUGGUUAUGACGUUUUCUUUGAGCAAAUAUCUGAAAAGGCGGCAGUCCUUAGCAUGGUAAAAGAGCCAACCAUCCCUCGUCCACACAAAGUACCUCGUCGUUUGCAUGAUGGCGAUGCCGAGCAGCACCAUUUCGAAUCAGAGAAAUCCAUGUUUCGCGCACAGUAUUUUGAGGCGAUCGAUGCCUGCCUGAGUGAGUUGAAUCGAAGAUUCGAUGAGAAAUCAUAUGAACCACUUCGACAAAUUGAAGACGCUUUCCUCAAUGCUGCAAACCGAGAGCCAUUUGAAUUUAACGAUACUCUAAGGAAAACGUACAGCAAUAGAAUUGAUUUUGAUCAAGUCACAGCUGAAUUGAAACUCCUACCUAGUUUAAUGAGACAAUGUUUGCCUGACGUUAAACGAGCAACAUCACUAGACACGGUGAUUUCAGUGGCGAACAAUGGCUAA